AUGACAGACUACAUGAUGCUGCAUUUUACAGCUCAACUACCUGUGCACAGGACAGACUACCUGGCACUGCAUUUUACAGCUCAACCACCUGUGCACAUGACAGACUACAUGAGACUGCAUUUUACAGCUCAACCACCUGUGCACAGGACAGACUACCUGGGACUGCAUUUUACAGCUCAACCACCUGUGCACAGGACAGACUACCUGGGGCUGUAUUUUACAGCUCAACCACCUGUGUACAUGACAGACUACCUGGGACUGCAUUUUACAGCUCAACCACCUGUGCAUAUGACAGCCCACCUGGAACUGUAUUGUACAGCUCAACCACCUGUGUACAGGACAAACUACUUGGGACUGUAUUUUACAGUUCAACUACAUGAGCACAGGACAGACUACCUGGGUCUGUAUUUUACAGCUCAACCACCUGUGCACAUGACAGACUACAUGGGACUGUAUUUUACAGCUCAACCACCUGUGCACAUGACAGACUACCUGGGACUGUAUUUUACAGUUCAACCACCUGUGCACAGGACAGACUACCUGGGACUGUAUUUUACAGCUCAACCACCUGUGCACAGGACAGACUAUCUGAGACUGUAUUUCAACCACCUGUGCACAGAACAAACUGGGACUACAGACUACCUGGGACUGCAUUUUACAGCUCAACCACCUGUGCACAGAACAGACUACCUGGGACUGUAUUUUACAGCUCAACCACCUGUGCACAGGACAGACUACCUGAUACUGCAUUUUACAGCUCUACCACCUGUGCACAGGACAGACUACCUGGGACUGCAUUUUAAAGCUCAACCACCUGUGCACAGGACAGACUACCUGGGAUUGCAUUUCACAGCUCAACCACCUGUGCACAGGACAGACUACCUGGAACUGCAUUUUACAGCUCAACCACCUGUGCACAGGACAGACUACAUGAGGCUGCAUUUUACAGCUCAACCACCUGUGCACAGGACAGACUACCUGGGACUGCAUUUCACAGCUCAACCACCUGUGCACAGGACAGACUACCUGGGACUGCAUUUUAAAGCUCAACCACCUGUGCACAGGACAGACUACCUGAUACUGCAUUUUACAGCUCUACCACCUGUGCACAGGACAGACUACCUGGGACUGCAUUUUAAAGCUCAACCACCUGUGCACAGGACAGACUACCUGGGACUGCAUUUCACAGCUCAACCACCUGUGCACAGGACAGACUUCAUGAGACUGCAUUUGACAGCUCAACCACCUGUGCACAGGACAGACUACCUGGGAUUGCAUUGCACAAUGCUAACCUGA